AACAGACUGUUUAACCUAAAUAUCACUGUCAGAAAGUUUCCAGACAAAAUUAACGCCAGACAUCCAAAACUAAGCAAAAUCCGCGAGUACUGAAGACAAACCCUCAAAGAAAUGGCGGAGAAAUUGGCUCCGGAAAAGCGCCACAACUUUGUCCACAACGGUCAGAAAGUCUUUGAGUGGGAUCAGACUAUUGAGGAGGUAAAUAUUUACAUUAAUUUACCUCCCGAUGUUCCCAAGAAGCUGUUCUUCUGCAAGAUUCAGUCGAAGCAUGUCGAAGUCAGCAUCAAAGGCAACCCCCCUUACCUCAAUCAUGAUCUCACGUGUCCGGUGAAGACUGAUUCUUCUUUCUGGACUAUAGAGGAUGACAUAAUGCACAUAACCUUGCAAAAGAGGGACAAGGGUCAGACAUGGCCUUCGCCUAUAUUGGGUCAGGGUCAGCUUGAUGCUUACUCAACUGAUCUUGAGCAAAAGCGUCUUAUGUUGCAGAGGUUCCAAGAAGAGAACCCUGGUUUUGAUUUCUCUCAAGCUCAGUUUAGUGGGAGCUGUCCUGAUCCUAGGACCUUUAUGGGCGGGAUCCGAUCUGGUUGACGAUCAUGGUGUACUGCAAUAAUGACUUCGGUUAGCAUGCACAUAUAUCUCAACCAUCUUUUAGUAAAUAAAAUAAAACAACUACUGUUCCUGUUGUCCCUUGAUAGUAUAGCUGCAUUCUCCGUACUAAUAAUAUUAACUGAUGCGUUUUUACUUG